AAUUAAUGUGAUGAAUAUACCGAAGCGUUUCAUCUUCUCAGCUUUUCUUACUGUUUCUAUCGUCUAUUUGGUUCGAUCCUCUCAAGCAUUCCUAUUGACUCUUUUCGAAACAGCGAUUCUACUUCUUUUUCUCUGGUAUUUGAAAUCCCACUUUGCUUUGCUAUGUUCAACGUUUCGUCGUUGUCACCGUGCACUUUGCAAUCACGUUUUCCAAGUUGCACUCGUCCAAUAUAUUGAAGAAAAGAAUGACAGACAAUUAGACGACUUGACAGCGACUGGACGCGAUUGUUUUCUUGCCAACCGUCUCAUCACUCAGACACACACGCAUGAGUCAGCUAGAGGAGAUGUCAUCGUCAACAUCGCAGAUGCGACUGUCGUGCAAAAUCAGCAAAGACAUGUACACAGUCACUACAACAUUCGAGAUGUUGAGAAUGUUUUGAUUGGUCCUCAUCCUCAACUGCACCAUUUCUGCUUUGAAAGCAUGCAAGAUCAGAACGAAUUUCAAGAAUAA